AUGAUCGAAGAGAGACUGGAGGUACGGGUCCGAGAUGCACAGCAGGCGCUCGAGACAUCGAUUUGCGCUUUGCCUAUCCAUCUAUCUGAGCUAGGAAGUAAGUGCGCGCGUGUGCCAUUGGAGAUCGAAAAAGCCGACGACACGGCUGAGGUGGAUGUGAAAAAUUUUGUGCUGUGUGCGAUGCAGGCGCAGGCACUUACUAUCGAUUUGACCACGAAGAGGAUGUGGUAG